AUGCGGGUGUUGUUUUGGAAUAUCAAUGGAGUUGCACGUGAUGUAGCUCAAGAUAAACUAAAGGAGUUGAUUAGAGAGUUUAAACCAGACAUUUUUGGUAUUGCUGAACCAAAAGUUCCAUGUUCUGCUGGUAAGCAGGCAAUAACGGUUGAGGUGGAUGGUGUACAUGUUUCUUUUGUCCAUGCUAGCUAUAUUCAGGUUACUAGGAGGAGUCUUUGGCAGCAACUUGUUAGUUCUGGUGAUGGUAUUCCUUGGUUAGUCAUUGGGUAUUUUAACUGUAUUCUUCGUUUGGAUGAGAAGAAGGGUGGUCUUGAACCUAGAACCUCAGCUAUUAAUGAGUUUUCAGAUUGGUUGGAUGACAACAAUCUCUUUGAAGCUAAUGCUUUGGGAAGUAAGUUCACUUGGACGAAUAAACAAUCAGGGAAGUUUCUGACCAUUCUACUCUUUUGGGUUCCUUUUGCUGUUCCAAGACCCAAAAGAGCUCCUUUUCGAGUUCAAAAGAUGUGGUUCUUACAUUCUGAUUUCCUUCGUAUGGUUAGAGAUAGUUGGAGUAUGUCUAUUUCUGGGUCUCUUGAUUUUAUUUUCACACAAAAAUUAAAGAGACUAAAAGGAGUUAUCAAGGAAUGGAAUCUUCGUGUUUUUGGUAAUUUUCAUUCUAGGUUAAAGCAGGAUCAGUUGAGGUUUGAGGCAGCUGCUCUUCUUUGUGAUGAAAACCCGGAUGACAUUACAAAGUUAAAUAUUAUGAAGGAUACUAUGGCUAAACUUAAUGAUACUCGUGCUCAGUUGAAUAUUAUGCUUAAUCAGAAAUAUAGAAAUAAGUGGCUUGUGAAGGGUUCAAGUAACACUAAUUUCUUUCAUAAUAACAUUAGAAUUCGUAGAAGUUCUAACACUAUCUCUGAACUUGUUGACAGUGCAGGCAAUACUAUUUCUGAUUUUGAGCAGCUUAGAAAUCAUGUUGUGCACUAUUAUGAGGACAAGUUUAAUGGGCCGGAGUUGGAGAUUGAUCCUAUUUUAUUUGACUAUGAUCAUAUUAGCAUCUCGGAGGAGGAAAGUUUAGCCAUGGACAGAAUUCCAUCUUCUGAGGAGAUUAAACAAGCAGUUUUUGAUCUAGGGGCAGACAGUGCUCCAGGGCCGGAUGGGUUUUCUGGAUGUUUCUAUAGACACUGCUGGGAUAUUAUUCAAGAUGACUUAUUAAGAGCCGUUAUUUAUUGCUGGAAUUCUGGUCAUAUCCCAAAUGGAUUAAAUUCUAGCCUAAUUGUCUUGAUUCCCAAGGUAAGAGGUGCUAAUUCUCUUCGUAAUUUUCGUCCUAUUGGUCUCAGUAAUUUUUUCUUCAAAAUCUUUACUAAGAUCUUAGAUACUAGACUGGGGAGCGUUUUAGAUAAAGUUGUUUCUGAAGAACAGAUGGCUUUCAUGAAAAGGCGUAACAUCCAUGAAAACAUUAGUCUUGCUUCUGAAUUGAUUAAUGAACUUCAUAUCAAUCGUAAGGAUGGUAAUUUUGGCCUUAAGCUUGAUAUCACACAAGCUUUUGACACGGUCAGUUGGUCUUUUGUCUUGGAGGUUUUUCGUAGGAUAAAUAGAGGUUUACGUCAAGGAGAUCCUCUUUCUCCCUUGAUCUUUGUUUUGAUGGAGGAUGUCCUUAGCAGAAAUAUCACAAAGCUUUUUGCAGAGAAGAGGAUGUCUUACAUGGAUCUGUUGGGUAAGUAUCAGUGUGCUUCGGGUCAAUCAGUUUGUCGCCAAAAGAGUAAAAUUUAUUAUGGUGGUGGUUCGUUGAGUGGACGUAAUUAUGUUGUUGAUUAUUUGGGUAUGAGUGUAGCUACUUUCCCUGAUCGUUAUUUUGGUUUUCAAAUAAUGCCUGGUGCUGUGAGUCGUGCUGUUGUGGUGGCGUAUGAUAAAAUCUGUUGCCCUUUUGAGGAGGGGGGUUUGGCUUUAUCUCGUAUGGCUACUAUGAAUUUUGCAAUGUUGAUGAAGUUAUGGUGGAAGAUCAGUACUUCUAAGAAGAAUUGGGCAGGUUAUCUUAAGGCUAAGUUUUUAGUCGAAGAGGCUACAUUAAGACUUAUGGGGUCUACUUCUCUAUAUUAUGAUGUUUGGUAUGGAGAAAAAUGUUUUGCAGAGAUAUUAGAUGAUUUUACUCUUGACAGAUUGGUUUUGGUGAGUGAUUGUUAUAGGGAUAACCAAUGGGUUUUUCCUGAAAAUCACUUGAACUGUUUACUCGCGGCUGGUGUGGAUAUGCAUAAUCUUCCUUUGCCAGAUGGGGGUGAAGAUAAGAGAGUUUGGAUGCCAAACUUUUCAGGUGAUUUUUCGGUAAGUUCUGCCAAGGAACUUAUUCGUCAGAAACAUGGUAGCUUCAAUGCAGCGUCUAUGCUGUGGAGGAAGGAAAUUCACCCUAGACUUGCGGCUCAAAACUGGAAAUUCAUUCGUGGUGCUUGUGCUACUUUGGAUAUCAUUCAAUCUAGGUUCAAAAUUCAUUUGGCUAACAAGUGUGUUCUGUGUGAAACUGAGGAAGAAUCUCUAGAACAUAUUCUUUUUCAUUGUUCUUUUGCAGCUCGUGCGUGGUCUUGGAUUUCUGGUAUCUUUGGUAUGACAGCAAACUUCAACAUUGUGGCUUCUUUCAAGGCAGCUAAGGGAAGAAGUGCAAUUGUCCAUGACUUGUGGCUGGUGGCGAACUUAGUAAUCAGGUCAGAACUAUGGGCUAUGCGCAACAAAUGCAUCUUUGAGAAACAGAAACCGGGCUGGGGCCUUUUUUCUAAAAGAGUGCUGAAGCUAAUACAAGAAUAUUCAGUCCGUCUAAAAGGGUUUAUGCGCAACAGUGUGGAAGAUAUGGUGCUGUUGGAUUACUUCCGUGUGGUUCAUAGAAGUGUUAGACAUCAGCAGCCUAUUGAAGUGUUAUGGCAGCCUCCGGAACUUAAUGAGAUUCUAAUUUGUUGUGAUGGAGCAGCGCGUAGGAAUCCAGGCAUUGCGGGAUCAGGGGUGGUGGCAAGAGACUCUAGUUGUGCAUUUCUUGGUGCUUUGAGUAUUGGUCUUGGAAUAACUACAAACUAUUUGGCGGAACUCUAUGCAAUUAUAAUUGGUAUGGAAUGGGCAAUGCAAUGUAAUUAUGAUCGUAUUUGUGUGCAAUCUGAUUCCUAUGGAGUAGUUCAAGCUUUACAAAGUUCUUCUAUUCCUUGGUUUGCAAGAGCAAGAUGGGAGAGGUUAUGCAAUCAUUAUAUUUCUAUAAGGAUAAUUCACACUUACAGAGAGGCGAAUUUUUCAGCAGAUAAGAUGGCUAAGAAUGGUUGUUAUCUUGAUAAUGAAGUGGGAAUUCAGUAUGAAGGAAGACCUGAUUUUUUAAUUUCCGUUGAAAACCCUAAUGUUUCCUAUUUUCGUUUCAAGUAG